AGUCUCAACAGUCCGUCAGUUAGCGCAGACAGCAGGGAGCAGCUCAGCAGUGAGAGUGACAGGAACACAAUGAGCGGAGCUGAGAGGCACAGGAGAGGGCAGUAGAUGGAGACAGAAAGUUUACUGACUGUAAAAUUGUUUAUUACAAUCGUCUGAAGUACAGGUGCAGCGUAGAAGGGUAGAUAAAGAAAAGGACUGAACAUUUUUAGUUAUAAGUUUAUUCGGGUUAUGGUAGGAGAGCGCACAUGGAUUUAGUCGACCUUUACCUUCCUGAGUGUUUCAGCUACCACGCUGACUCAGAAUAUGGCAGAGUUGGUCCUCCAUAUAUAUAUUGGCAUCCAGGCAGAAUGUCAGUGAGGGGCUUGGACCCCGCCUGUCCUACUUCAAUAAAGCGUGAGCCCUCUAGCCCCAGCCCCAGCUCGCAGGGCGAUGUUAGCCCACCUCAUCCAAGUCCAGCUAGCUCCUCAUCAGACACAAACUCCAGCUACGGUCCCCUUAACAAAGGCCUCAAUCACAACAAUGGGCUUGACUCUCCAAGCCUCUGUGGUCACACAACAGGCUUGGCCAAUAAUGGCGGAACAAACAGGUCCAGGAGGUUUGGGGAGGAAGAAGGUCCAGUGAAGUGUGAGUUCAUGCUGGGCACUGUAGCAAAGCGGGUGUGUCUGGUGUGUGGUGACGUGGCCUCUGGCUAUCACUAUGGUGUGGCUUCCUGUGAGGCUUGCAAGGCCUUUUUCAAAAGGACCAUCCAGGGUAACAUCGAGUACAGCUGCCCGGCAUCAAACGAAUGUGAAAUCACCAAGAGAAGGAGAAAAUCCUGCCAAGCCUGUCGAUUUUUGAAGUGUCUGGCAGUGGGCAUGUUGAGAGAAGGCGUGCGUCUGGACCGGGUUCGAGGAGGCAGACAGAAGUACAAGAGGAGAAUAGAUGCUGAGAACAGCCCCUAUCUACACCCGCAGAACAGCCUGCCACAGAAAAAAACACUUUUCGUAGAUGCGGUUGAGAACAAGGUGGUAUCUCUGCUGCUAGUGGCCGAGCCAGAGAGCAUCUUUGCCAUGCCGGACCCCACCGUACCUGAGAGCGACAUUAAGGCUCUGACCACCCUGUGCGACCUAGCUGACAGAGAGCUGGUGGUCAACAUCGGCUGGGCCAAACACAUACCAGGCUUCCCCACCCUCUCUUUAGCUGACCAGAUGAGUCUCCUGCAGAGUGGCUGGAUGGAGAUCUUGAUCCUUCGAGUGGUGUUUCGCUCACUCGCCACCGAAGACAAACUAGUUUAUGCCGAAGACUACGUCAUGGAUGAGGAACAGUCCAAACUGGCCGGGCUGUUUGACUUGAACAAUGCAAUACUGCAGCUGGUGAAGAAGUACAAAAGCAUGGGGCUGGAAAAGGAGGAGUUUGUUCUUCUCAAGGCCAUUGCUCUCGCAAACUCAGAUUCCAUGCAAAUUGAGGACUCAGAGGCAGUUCAGAGGCUUCAAGAUGUCCUUCACGGAGCUCUGCAGGACUAUGAGGCCACCCACCACCCUGAGGACUGUCGGCGUGCUGGAAAGCUGAUCAUGACUCUCCCUCUUCUCCGUCAGACGUCCGCCCGUGCCGUCCAGCAUUUCUGCAGCAUCAAGCAGGACGGCCGAGUACCUAUGCACAAACUUUUCCUGGAACUCCUGGAGGCCAAAGCUUGAUCAGAAACAGAUCUUUCUGCUACUUUGUGGCCUCAGAGGUUCAACACGAAAUGAAGCAAAGCUUACUGGUGAAUAGUGGGUUCUUGACUGUGUCUACUUGUCCAUUUUAGCUCGCGACCCCAACAUAGCGACUGAAACCUGAUUUUUGUUCAUAUAAGAGGAGUCAAUUUGGCUUAAGUGUGCUAACCGGACGACAUACGUAUGGGAGAAAUGGCUUAAAAGCAGAAUAGCGCCUUCUUUAGAUACGUACAGUUUUAUGCCAAACCUUAUUUCUUUAAUGUUAUUUUAAUAAAACACUCGAUACUUGAAGAUCCUUCUGGAUUGCUUUGCUAAUCUUGAAGCCUGUAAAAUCUGCAUCCUAGUGGUUUAGAGAACAUUUAUGACUUUUAAGACUUUUUUUUUUGCUUUGUUGUAUAGUAGAUAUGUACUGUUAGUCUUGCCAAAGAGUAAAGACUCCUUAUUAUUGCGUUAUGCCAGCAGUUGUCCGUGAUAUUUUGAUGUGGCCUAUGAAAUGUUUCUGCUCCCUUGCUUUAUUGUACUGCAAAAAUAUCUAUUUCCACACAUGAUGGAGGUAUUAUUAUUAAUAUUAAUAAUAUUUCACCAGGUAAUUUCAGGGAAAGAGUACUUAUCUUCCUAAUGCAACUGUACUGCAGCGAAUUGAUAUUUAUUUAUUUGUGGCUCUGUUAUUUUUAUUUAUAAACGGGCUACUGUAGCUAGAUUUUUUUUUUGUAAAGAUUUCUAAUUAAUAUGAUUGUAAGGUCAUUUUUUUACUAGCUUCUCUCUGCUGUACCACUGAUAACUGACACCAUAUCAUGAUGUUACCAUAGAAAUGGAGUCUGUGCUUGAGUAUCAUAGAGUUGUGCAGAACACUAAUGUGACUCCUUGUUUAACAAACAAUAAAAGGGAUGCCAUGAUGUAGAAUUCAAUCCUGAAGUUUACAUGCUGGGUUCACGUGGGGCUUUUAAGGAUUUAUAUCAACUGUUUUCGGUAUUUCUUUAAUCAGAUUGAUAAUAUGGCUCUUUACUUUAAUGAUUUUUAGAAUUUAGAAUAGUUUUGAAAUUAUGGGAGCUUUGAUCUAAUCCAAACAAGCUGAAAUAAAUGCAUAAGAUCAAACUAAUGUUUCCGGGGCAGUUGAACCACAGGCUUGUUGUAUCCAUCAACAAGCGUCUGGUCUAAUAAUAUUUGACCUCUCUUCGUGUCAGAGUUACCAGAGCUCAUUUAAAUUUCCCGCUUUUCCAGCCCAGACUUGACUAUUAAACAUAAUCCUCAACUUUUUAACAUGAAUGAGGUUGGGCUUCUUAUUAGUCUCUUUUAUUCGCUCUCAGUCCAAAUGUGUUUGGAUCCAUGGCCCUGCUAAAACACCAAACCAUGUCCAAGUUUAAACCAUCUAGCUAAUUCGUUAUGACCCAAAUAUUUUGUUAUUGAACUUACUUUCUGCACUUUACCGGUACGACUGGCUGUGAAGCAGCCAUUCGGUAUAACUGCAGAUGUUUGGCAUGUUUGAUGGGCUUGAUUUGGGAGCAGAGAAUAGAUCUUUUUGUCCCGACCCACUCAGACUAUGUUGAUGUUAGACUAGAUGGCUCAAAGGGUUUUUUCCUGAUCAGCCUAGCGCCCACUUUGGUUGAAAUUGUUAAAAAUACAUUGGAAAUGUAUCCUCUUCGUGGCAGUCAUGAAUAAUAUUUAAAUAAGAUGGACUAUUUCUGAAAGGAAGACUUUUUAAACAUGCAUCUGAAGCUUUUGAUUGGUUGGACUCCACAUCGUGCUAUGGUGUAUUUACCCAGUAUGGGUUUGAAAAAAUAUACAGUUGAUUCAAAUGUGUGUGUACGCAACUGUUGGUUUCAGAAAGCUUGGGUUUUAUGCACUGGACUAAUAAAAUUUUAAACGCAUCUUUAAAAGACUGAACUUCACCUUUAAGUUUAUGUAAUUUUGACCAGAACUGUAGAUCUGUAAUUAGGGAAGCAAGUUGAUGUCUUUUUCUAUACUAGAAGUCUGUGUUUAGGAUCAAUUGUAUGCACUGAUUUUAUUUUAGCCAUAAUGUUUUGGGGAACCUGGUGGUGGCACUCUGUUUAUCUGCUAGCGUGUGUUUGUUGUGUGAAGAGUCUUCCGCCACACGUCGAAUGAAGGCGAGGUUGGCUCGGAUCUAAUGUCAGAUAGCACCAACAUGAUGGUCGCUUCUAAAUGUUAAUCCUGUAAGAUUUGCUGUUUGAACAUCAUGUCUUAUACCAACAGAGGUGUUUUACAGAUGUGUUUCUUUUGUUCAUCCCUGCAAGAGUUGAGCUGUGCUGUUUCAUUCUCAGGUGGAUUCUUGGGCAAUAAAGACGAUCCCCUUAAUGCAAAGCUCA